AACACCACAGCUGAUGUGGAAACGUUCAGAGGAUCCUAUCCUGGAACAACUGACCUCCAUGUCACUACCACUAAACAUCAGACUCACUGGAAGGGUUAGGGUUAGGGUCUGGAAAACAACACCACAGCUGAUGUGGAAACGUUCAGAGGUUCCUAUCCUGGAACAACUGACCUCCAUGUCACUACCACUAAACAUCAGACUCACUGGGAGGGUUAGGGUUAGGGUCUGGAAAACAACACCACAGCUGAUGGGGAAACGUUCAGAGGUUCCUAUCCUGGAACAACUGACCUCCAUGUCACUACCACUAAACAUCAGACUCACUGGGAGGGUUAGGGUUAGGGUCUGGAAAACAACACCACAGCUGAUGGGGAAACGUUCAGAGGUUCCUAUCCUGGAACAACUGUACUCCAUGUCACUACCACUAAACAUCAGACUCACUGGGAGGGUUAGGGUUAGGGUCUGGAAAACAACACCACAGCUGAUGGGGAAACGUUCAGAGGUUCCUAUCCUGGAACAACUGACCUCCAUAUCACUACCACUAAACAUCAGACUCACUGGGAGGGUUAGGGUUAGGGUCUGGAAAACAACACCACAGCUGAUGUGGAAACGUUCAGAGGUUCCUAUCCUGGAACAACUGACCUCCAUAUCACUACCACUAAACAUCAGACUCACUGGAAGGGUUAGGGUCUGGAAAACAACACCACAGCUGAUGGGGAAACGUUCAGAGGUUCCUAUCCUGGAACAACUGACCUCCAUGUCACUACCACUAAACAUCAGACUCACUGGAAGGGUUAGGGUCUGGAAAACAACACCACAGCUGAUGGGGAAACGUUCAGAGGAUCCUAUCCUGGAACAACUGACCUCCAUGUCACUACCACUAAACGUCAGACUCACUGGAAGGGUUAGGGUCUGGAAAACAACACCACAGCUGAUGUGGAAACGUUCAGAGGUUCCUAUCCUGGAACAACUGACCUCCAUGUCACUACCACUAAACAUCAGACUCACUGGGAGGGUUAGGGUUAGGGUCUGGAAAACAACACCACAGCUGAUGGGGAAACGUUCAGAGGUUCCUAUCCUGGAACAACUGACCUCCAUGUCACUACCACUAAACAUCAGACUCACUGGGAGGGUUAGGGUUAGGGUCUGGAAAACAACACCACAGCUGAUGGGGAAACGUUCAGAGGUUCCUAUCCUGGAACAACUGACCUCCAUAUCACUACCACUAAACAUCAGACUCACUGGGAGGGUUAGGGUCUGGAAAACAACACCACAGCUGAUGGGGAAACGUUCAGAGGUUCCUAUCCUGGAACAACUGACCUCCAUAUCACUACCACUAAACAUCAGACUCACUGGAAGGGUUAGGGUCUGGAAAACAACACCACAGCUGAUGGGGAAACGUUCAGAGGUUCCUAUCCUGGAACAACUGACCUCCAUGUCACUACCACUAAACAUCAGACUCACUGGAAGGGUUAGGGUUAGGGUCUGGAAAACAACACCACAGCUGAUGGGGAAACGUUCAGAGGUUCCUAUCCUGGAACAAGUGACCUCCAUGUCACUACCACUAAACAUCAGACUCACUGGGAGGGUUAGGGUUAGGGUCUGGAAAACAACACCACAGCUGAUGGGGAAACGUUCAGAGGUUCCUAUCCUGGAACAACUGACCUCCAUGUCACUACCACUAAACAUCAGACUCACUGGGAGGGUUAGGGUUAGGGUCUGGAAAACAACACCACAGCUGAUGGGGAAACGUUCAGAGGUUCCUAUCCUGGAACAACUGACCUCCAUGUCACUACCACUAAACAUCAGACUCACUGGAAGGGUUAGGGUUAGGGUCUGGAAAACAACACCACAGCUGAUGGGGAAACGUUCAGAGGUUCCUAUCCUGGAACAACUGACCUCCAUAUCACUACCACUAAACAUCAGACUCACUGGAAGGGUUAGGGUCUGGAAAACAACACCACAGCUGAUGGGGAAACGUUCAGAGGAUCCUAUCCUGGAACAACUGACCUCCAUGUCACUACCACUAAACAUCAGACUCACUGGAAGGGUUAGGGUUAGGGUCUGGACAACAACACCGCAGCUGAUGGGGAAACGUUCAGAGGUUCCUAUCCUGGAACAACUGACCUCCAUAUCACUACCACUAAACAUCAGACUCACUGGAAGGGUUAGGGUCUGGAAAACAACACCACAGCUGAUGGGGAAAUGUUCAGAGGAUCCUAUCCUGGAACAACUGACCUCCAUGUCACUACCACUAAACAUCAGACUCACUGGAAGGGUUAGGGUUAGGGUCUGGAAAACAACACCGCAGCUGAUGGGGAAACGUUCAGAGGUUCCUAUCCUGGAACAACUGACCUCCAUGUCACUACCACUAAACAUCAGACUCACUGGGAGGGUUAGUGUUAGGGUCUGGAAAACAACACCGCAGCUGAUGUGGAAACGUUCAGAGGUUCCUAUCCUGGAACAACUGACCUCCAUGUCACUACCACUAAACAUCAGACUCACUGGGAGGGUUAGGGUUAGGGUCUGGAAAACAACACCACAGCUGAUGGGGAAACGUUCAGAGGUUCCUAUCCUGGAACAACUGACCUCCAUGUCACUACCACUAAACAUCAGACUCACUGGAAGGGUUAGGGUUAGGGUCUGGAAAACAACACCACAGCUGAUGGGGAAACGUUCAGAGGUUCCUAUCCUGGAACAACUGACCUCCAUGUCACUACCACUAAACAUCAGACUCACUGGAAGGGUUGGGGUCUGGAAAACAACACCACAGCUAAUGGGGAAACGUUCAGAGGUUCCUAUCCUGGAACAACUGACCUCCAUGUCACUACCACUAAACAUCAGACUCACUGGAAGGGUUAGGGUUAGGGUCUGGAAAACAACACCACAGCUGAUGGGGAAACGUUCAGAGGUUCCUAUCCUGGAACAACUGACCUCCAUGUCACUACCACUAAACAUCAGACUCACUGGAAGGGUUAGGGUUAGGGUCUGGAAAACAACACCACAGCUGAUGGGGAAACGUUCAGAGGUUCCUAUCCUGGAACAACUGACCUCCAUAUCACUACCACUAAACAUCAGACUCACUGGAAGGGUUAGGGUCUGGAAAACAACACCACAGCUGAUGGGGAAACGUUCAGAGGAUCCUAUCCUGGAACAACUGACCUCCAUGUCACUACCACUAAACAUCAGACUCACGGGAAGGGUUAGGGUUAGGGUCUGGAAAACAACACCACAGCUGAUGGGGAAACGUUCAGAGGUUCCUAUCCUGGAACAACUGACCUCCAUAUCACUACCACUAAACAUCAGACUCACUGGAAGGGUUGGGGUCUGGAAAACAACACCACAGCUGAUGGGGAAACGUUCAGAGGUUCCUAUCCUGGAACAACUGACCUCCAUGUCACUACCACUAAACAUCAGACUCACUGGAAGGGUUAGGGUUAGGGUCUGGAAAACAACACCACAGCUGAUGGGGAAACGUUCAGAGGUUCCUAUCCUGGAACAACUGACCUCCAUGUCACUACCACUAAACAUCAGACUCACUGGAAGGGUUAGGGUUAGGGUCUGGAAAACAACACCACAGCUGAUGGGGAAACGUUCAGAGGUUCCUAUCCUGGAACAACUGACCUCCAUGUCACUACCACUAAACAUCAGACUCACUGGAAGGGUUAGGGUUAGGGUCUGGAAAACAACACCACAGCUGAUGGGGAAACGUUCAGAGGUUCCUAUCCUGGAACAACUGACCUCCAUGUCACUACCACUAAACAUCAGACUCACUGGAAGGGUUAGGGUUAGGGUCUGGAAAACAACACCACAGCUGAUGGGGAAACGUUCAGAGGUUCCUAUCCUGGAACAACUGACCUCCAUGUCACUACCACUAAACAUCAGACUCACUGGAAGGGUUAGGGUUAGGGUCUGGAAAACAACACCACAGCUGAUGGGGAAACGUUCAGAGGUUCCUAUCCUGGAACAACUGACCUCCAUGUCACUACCACUAAACAUCAGACUCACUGGAAGGGUUAGGGUUAGGGUCUGGAAAACAACACCACAGCUGAUGGGGAAACGUUCAGAGGUUCCUAUCCUGGAACAACUGACCUCCAUGUCACUACCACUAAACAUCAGACUCACUGGGAGGGUUAGGGUUAGGGUCUGGAAAACAACACCACAGCUGAUGGGGAAACGUUCAGAGGUUCCUAUCCUGGAACAACUGACCUCCAUAUCACUACCACUAAACAUCAGACUCACUGGAAGGGUUAGGGUCUGGAAAACAACACCACAGCUGAUGUGGAAACGUUCAGAGGUUCCUAUCCUGGAACAACUGACCUCCAUAUCACUACCACUAAACAUCAGACUCACUGGAAGGGUUAGGGUCUGGAAAACAACACCACAGCUGAUGGGGAAACGUUCAGAGGAUCCUAUCCUGGAACAACUGACCUCCAUGUCACUACCACUAAACAUCAGACUCACUGGAAGGGUUAGGGUUAGGGUCUGGAAAACAACACCACAGCUGAUGGGGAAACGUUCAGAGGUUCCUAUCCUGGAACAACUGACCUCCAUGUCACUACCACUAAACAUCAGACUCACUGGGAGGGUUGGGGUCUGGAAAACAACACCACAGCUGAUGGGGAAACGUUCAGAGGAUCCUAUCCUGGAACAACUGACCUCCAUGUCACUACCACUAAACAUCAGACUCACUGGAAGGGUUAGGGUCUGGAAAACAACACCACAGCUGAUGGGGAAACGUUCAGAUUUUCCUAUUUUUUCUACCACUGAGGGCCAAGCUGGCACCUCUGAAGAGCCAAGACAAGGCCAUGCUACAACCACCCCUUGCAGGAUGCAAUCCACCAUGCAUCCUGGUGUUAAUUUUCAUUGUCCGAUAACGCCCUCCCCCUCUACUUCCUCAAUCCCUCCUAGCUCGUUUGUUCAUGGUGAAUUGAGUAGACGUCAUGUGGGGGCGAUGCACAUUAAAUUGCAAUUUCCCACCUUUGGGAAAAAAGAUGACAGUCCGGAUCCGCUAAUGUACCUAGAAAGAUGUCGUGACUUUCUUGCCCUCAAUCCCCUGGCUGACGAAGAACUCCUUGCCACAUUGAGGAAUGUGUUGCAUGGGACAGCUCGAGACUGGUGGGAUGUGGCACGUCUCACCACUACCUCCUGGGCUGACUUUGAGGCCAAGUUUUCCUCUGCAUUUCUGUCUGAGGACUACACAGAUGAGCUGGCAGACAGAGUCAGGAAUCGAGUGCAAAGCGAGAAAGAGGGUAUCCGUGACUUUGCAUACGGUUACCACUCCCUGUGCAGAAGGUGGAAACCUGGCAUUGAGGAGGAAGAGGUCAUUAAAUUGAUUUUGAAGAACAUCAACCCACUACUAGCCAGUCAACUCCGAGAACGAGUCACCACUGUCGAUGGACUGGUUCGCUUGGGACAGCAGUUUGAGAAGGACAGAGAAUGCCAACAGCAAUAUGACCAAAGAAAGAAACAGACACCCAAACAGUUACCCAAGACAGACCAUCAACAACAGCUAGAGUCUCCAGCCAAGACCCCUCUCAUGUUCUGUUGGAGAUGUAACCAAAAGGGACAUUCUUCAGCUACAUGUCCAAGACCGUAUCAAGAAAACCCUUCCAGAAACCACAAAUCACAACAGGCCAACACACCUAACUCUCUUCGCAGGAAUGACCAUCCUUCUCUGGGUGCUUUAACCAGAGCUGAAAUCCCAAGAGUCACUGCCUACGCCCCCCCCAUCGACAUCCAGAGGCCCAUGGACAGGAAGAGCCAUCCUGGACACCGGGUCAUCCUACACACUGCUCAAUGA